CCGCAGCGAGGAAUACCUCCGACGCCGCCACACCAUGGACAAGGACAGCCGCGGCGCCGCCGCCACCGAGCACCGGUUUUUCCGCCGGAGCGUCAUUUGCGACUCCAAUGCCACCGCUCUGGAUCUGCCCAGGCUGCAGCCCGCGGCGCCUCCCCCUGCUGCAGCCGGCCGGGGCAGCAUCCCGCCGGUGCUGGGCUCCCCUCCGGAGUCUGUCAUCCAGGCCACAUGCGCCUCCAGCACCGCCAGCCAAGUGCCCACGCUGCUUCUGCAGCAGCAACCAUCUCUGCCUCCUCCUGCGGAGGGGCAAUCCGGGCAGGAGCCCCUGGUAGCAAAGGACAUCGCCCCACCGCUGGCUAAGGAGGAGGGCUUGGAGGCCACCCCGCUGCCCCCUACCAGCACAGCCGGAAGCACUGUUACUUCUACCCGGGAUCUACAAGAGGAACGGAGUCGGCAGCAGGAGGAUAUUGAGGAGCUGGAGACCAAAGCUGUGGCCUUUUCCCCAGAUGGUCGCUUUCUUAAGUUUGAUAUUGAGAUUGGCAGAGGCUCCUUCAAGACUGUCUACAAGGGACUGGACACAGAAACCACAGUGGAAGUUGCUUGGUGCGAGCUGCAGGAUCGGAAACUGUCCAAAUCAGAACGGCAGCGGUUUAAGGAGGAGGCUGAAAUGCUGAAAGGGCUUCAGCAUCCUAACAUUGUACGGUUCUAUGAUUCCUGGGAAUCAACAGUGAAGGGAAAGAAGUGUAUUGUUCUGGUUACGGAGCUUAUGACAUCUGGCACUCUGAAAACAUAUUUAAAAAGGUUUAAAGUGAUGAAAAUUAAAGUUCUGCGAAGCUGGUGUCGGCAAAUACUGAAGGGCUUGCAGUUCCUGCACACGCGCACACCGCCCAUUAUCCACCGUGACCUGAAGUGCGACAACAUCUUUAUCACUGGCCCUACAGGAUCUGUCAAGAUAGGAGACCUGGGUCUGGCAACUCUGAAGCGAGCUUCUUUUGCAAAGAGUGUGAUAGGUACCCCAGAGUUCAUGGCACCCGAGAUGUAUGAGGAGAAAUACGAUGAAUCCGUUGAUGUAUAUGCUUUUGGAAUGUGUAUGCUUGAGAUGGCUACGUCUGAAUAUCCUUAUUCUGAGUGCCAAAAUGCUGCGCAGAUCUACCGUCGAGUGACCAGCGGAGUCAAGCCAGCUAGCUUUGAUAAAGUUGCAAUUCCUGAAGUAAAAGAGAUCAUUGAGGGAUGCAUCCGUCAAAACAAAGACGAAAGAUAUGCUAUCAAGGACCUUUUGAAUCAUGCAUUCUUCCAGGAAGAAACCGGUGUGCGGGUAGAGCUGGCAGAGGAAGAUGAUGGAGAGAAAAUUGCCAUCAAGCUCUGGUUACGAAUUGAAGACAUUAAAAAACUUAAGGGAAAAUACAAGGACAAUGAAGCGAUAGAAUUUUCUUUUGACUUGGAGAGAGACGUCCCAGAGGACGUAGCACAGGAAAUGGUUGAGUCUGGGUAUGUCUGUGAAGGCGAUCACAAGACAAUGGCCAAGGCCAUAAAGGACAGAGUUUCCUUAAUCAAGCGGAAAAGGGAACAGCGUCAGCUGGUGAGAGAAGAGCAGGAGAAAAGAAAGCAAGAGGAAGUCCAUCAGAAGCAGCAGACAGAACAGCAAUUACAAGCAGGUGCUGCUCAGCAAGGGGCAAAGCCUACUGCUCCUGCCACUGGUGCCCCUGCCAUUCCUGCUACUUCAACUUCAGUGUCUACUCAAGUAGAGCCUGAGGAACCAGAGGCUGAUCAGCAUCAACAGCUGCAAUACCAACAGCCCAGCACGUCAGUGCUCUCUGAUGGGACUAUUGACAGUGGUCAGGGAUCAUCUCUUUUUACUGAAUCGUGUGUGAGUAGCCAGCAGACCGCUUCCUACGGUUCCCAGCAUGAACAGUCUAUCCCAACAGUUCCAGCCCCAGGGUAUACGGUUCCUGUCGGCCAGCCUCAGUUGCAACAGCCUGGAGGAUAUCAGGCAUCUGCAGUGCCUCGACGUGGCUGUAGCAUGUCAGUUGGCGCUUCCCCUCUUUCUUUCUCCCCUCUCCGCAACAUCCCUCUCAGUGCUCCUUCCACUCCGCCGUCAGCAUCGUCUGCACCUCUCUCUCCCUCCUACCUUCGGACUGCUCCUGAGGAAACCUUUGGUGAAAAGCUUUCCAAAGCCCUGGAGAGUGUCCUGCCCAUGCACACUGCCUCUCCACGCAAGCACCGGCGUUCCAGCCUGCCUUCCCUCUUUGUCAACCCUCCUCACUCCAUGGUGCAUCCGUGUGGGGGAACCCCAACAUUCCCAGAUUCCCAGGUAUUCUUUCCAACCGUUCAUGAACGGCCAGAGUCCUUCUCACCACCACCCAUCUGCCCUUCGAGGGUGGCCUUUUCUCAGCGGCGCAAGAGCACUUCCAUCCUUGAAGGCCAGACGUGCCACUUCCAGCCAUUGCUCAAGACGGGUCAAAGUUUGCUUCUCCCUGUUGGUAGUCCAACUGCUUGGACACCAGAAGCACUAGUGACAAUGAGCGCCACAGCUCACAAAGCCACAGGAGAGCGUAUGCAGGCUAACCCUGUGUUUGAGGCGGCUCAAGUGUUUGGUGAUUACAGGCCUGGACAGGCACCUUCUGAGGAUGCUAAAAAUGUGUUGACUCAAGAAGCAGUGUAUUUAAUGAGCAUGCAUUAUCAGCCCCAGUUGCCUGAACACUAUGAUACUGUAUCCCAUAAUUCCCAUGGGUCUGAGCAACACUUGCAGCCGGCACCUGAACAAAGAAAUUUGCACGGUGGCCCUCUUCAGGGUUCUACAUUUGACUAUCAAACAGGGCAGACUUUUCUGGCAAGACAAAUUCAGAACUUGAGGCUGGAUUCUGGAAUGAAUCCCCUGACACCAAUGUCUAGUAUGUCAGCCCCACUGAGUGCGGAUCCCACACAAAUGAGCUUUCACUCGGUAUUCGUUCCACAUUCUGCUCCUGCUGUGCUCACUCAAAGUGGUGAUGGCAGAACAAGCUGUGUGUUUGAGUUCCAUGUUCAAGCAUCCGGUGCAUCUCCAGGAGAAGGCACAGUCAUACCCCAGCGUGUGUAUAGAAAUCGUCGAGGCUCCGCAGAUUGUAAUCAGGAGGAGUCUCCUCAAACAACUGUACAGCCCGGUCGCCUUCAGCCUGUUACAGAAGAACAGUGUAACUUCCUGGGCUCUGAGUUCAUGGUGCCUAGAGGCAGUUCUGUUCUACAGAUCUGGCCAGAAGUUAGCCCAGGAUACUCCAGUGACUCCUCACAGUUGACUUCGUCAGACACUGGUGACUUUCUGUCUCCUCCUCCCACUGGGGCAUCUGCAUCAUAUGUUUCAGAUUUGUCUCUGCCUGCUCCCCAGCUGGCUCAGAAGGUAUUUCAAGAUUCGCAGGUCUUCAUCCAUUUCCCACAGGGAACUUCAUCUCAACAGGCUUUCUCGACACUGGUUUCUUCAGGACCAUCUACACUCUAUUCUCAGACACAGCUGCCAGGGCAGCCAGCUUCAAGUGGUUCAUCAGGAGGCACGUCUUCCCAGCUUAUGCAUCAAGGCCAGCAGAGUUCUCAUCAGCCAGCCUCUUCCCAGCCGACUGGGCAGUAUCAGGUUCAGCAGCUGUCAGUUUCUAUUGGAGCUGCACCGUCCCAGCCAGUUACACAAACAGCACAAAUCAUGCCUAUGCCUCAGGUGGCAGCCGGGACACAGCUUCCUGUUUCCCAGCAAAUGCCGAUCAUCCAAGGUGAACCGCAGUUACCUGUUCCAGCUCCUACACUUCCUCAGCCUUCAGUUGCCCCAGUUAUGCCCAUUGGCUCUCAGUAUCUCCCUAUGGGGCAGCCACUACAAGCCCCCCAUCUUCCGCAGUUCUCAGUCUCUCAGCUGCCCAUAGCAGCACCUCACGUCUCAGUGGCUCAGCCUGGCUUCCCUUCUCUACCCAUCUCUAUGGCAGCUGGUGCGAACCAGCCUUUGCUCACCUUGGCCACAUCUGCAGCGGCAGCUGCUAUUCCUGUGGGCUCGACUGUUGUCCCUGGCCAGAUCCCACCUCUCCUUCAGCCUGUGGCUCAGCUGACCAGCCAAGGUCUCCCACAGCUUCUGCAGCCGGCUGUUCAGUCCGUGGGAUUGCCAGCAACUCUUGGACAAUCUGAAGUACCUCUUCCAGUUACAGAUGCUGUGUACCAGGGCUUCUCACCUCGGCUACCAGCGCAGUAUACAGGAGAUUCAAAUAUUGCUCCCUCCUCUGUGGCCUCUGCUUGCCUCCCUUCAGUACUAUCCCCUCCCUUACCCACCGAUGCGUUGCCUCAGCCAGGCUACCUUGCUGCAGUAGUUCAGCCUUAUGUGGAACAGAAUUUAGUACCUUUGGCCAGUCUAGGAGGACAGGUUCAAGUGCCACAGCCCGUUGCCUGUUUAGCUCAGCAGGCUCCCUCUGCAUCCUCGCAGCCAUCAGCAUUAGAGAGUACAUUCGGAGUGGCUCAGGCUGCACCCGCAGAGCCUCAACCACCAGUACAGCAACAGCCGCCACAGUCAGCUCCAUUGGUUUCCUCAAUAGACAGUGCACAUUCAGAUGUGGCUUCAGGCUUAAGUGACUGCAAUGAGAGCGUUCCGACCUCUGGCGGAAGACACGAAGGGAGGACUACAAAACGGCAUUAUCGGAAGUCAGUACGCAGCCGCUCUCGUCAUGAGAAGACCACACGUCCAAAACUGAGAAUUCUCAAUGUUUCAAACAAAGGAGAUCGAGUUGUGGAAUGCCAGCUAGAGACGCACAAUAGAAAAAUGGUUACUUUCAAAUUUGACUUGGAUGGGGACAACCCAGAGGAAAUAGCCCACAUUAUGGUACAAAAUGAGUUUAUUUUAGCAACAGAGAGAGAAUCGUUCAUUGAACAGGUGCGUGACAUCAUAGAAAAAGCGGAUGAAAUGCUCAGUGAGGAUGCCAGUGGGGAGCCAGAAGGCAAUCAAAGCAUGGACAGUAUGCAAAGCCAGAAAUUGGAUGGAGACUUCAAACAGCCAGAUCCUGUGUCUUCCAUGCCACAAAGAACAGGUGUUCCUCCUAGCUCGUUGACCCAGGUUGUCCAUUCUGCCGGGAGACGGUUUAUUGUCAGUCCUGUUCCAGAGAGCAGGUUACGAGAACAGAAAUUUUUCACUUCCAUUCCAUCAGAAAACGAACUUUCUGAUGUUGGUGUUGCUUCUCCAUCUCACGGCCCUGGGAUGAAUCUCUCUCACUCUGCAUCGUCACUCAGCCUGCAGCAAGCGUUCUCAGAGCUCAAGCAUGGCCCAAUGGUAGAAGGGCCAAGCACUGCACCCCCAGUUUUUAACCAGGCCAUACCAUCUUUUCCAUCUCUCACUACAAGUGAGAUUGGGCCACUGCCAUCAGCAUCAGUCACUGGUCCUUCAGUGUCGCUUCCUUCCACCACUUGUGUUUCUUUACCAGCAACUCAGUCUGUUAGCACAAAGCCAAUAGAAAAGGUGGCUGCUGGGCUUCCAUUGAGUAAGGACCUGUCUGGUUCAAAAUCUCCACCCGCAGUGUUGCAGUCUGGGCCACAGUUAGUCAGCGGAGUGGCUUCCAGUAUCAGCGCACCUUCUUUUUCAUCAGCAGCAUCCCAGGUAGCUCCUGCCGUUGGAGAAGUUGUCCCUAGUGUUAGUACUCCUGCUUCUCUAAUGUUGCCACAAGCUGGAACGACAGGGCCCACCAUUGCUAUAUCAGGAGCCCCGACACAGUCUGUGACGUGCCAGCAGGUCGGUACUCUGUUUCCGGCAGCGUCCCAAACAUCCGCCCCUGCGUCUUUGGCACAGAGCAUGGUUUCUCAGUCCUCACAGCUGAGUACUAGCAGCUGUGUCCCUAGCCUAGCCGAAAUGGUGGCGGUCAGUGUCCUGCACCCGAAAUCAGAGAGUGAGCAGUUAUCAGACAAGCCGCAGCCGGACAGUGCAGGUGGGACGGCCUUGCCGGUUUCUGCACCUUUAUCUUCUGCCCUAGCAUCAAGUCUGUCUGGAUCUGUGUCCCAGUCUGCUGGGAUACAGCCACUCCCCAUCCCACUGGUAGUUACCUCAGCUAUCCUAGCCCCAGUAGCAGGGGCAGUCUCUACCCCAGUAUUACCCCAAGUUCCUUUACCCGGCAUCCAGCUGCAGGCACAGCCGGUAGCUAAUGUGCCUGUAGUGCAGCCGACUUUAAUACACAGUCAGCCUCAGCCAGCUCCGUUGCCCAAUCAACCUCAUACGCACUGUCUGGAAGCAGACGCCGACUCUCAGCCCAAAGCGCCUGGCAUAGACGACAUUAAAACCCUGGAAGAAAAGCUGCGGUCACUCUUCAGUGAACAUGGCGCUGCCGGAGCGGCACACCCAUCAGUGCCCCUGGACACAUCAUUGGCAGUGGAGACGAUGGUCAUGCCUGGCUUGCCGACAACCGCCGUCGCACCCACGAAACCUGUGGCUCCUAUCGUGAGCGCUAGCGUACCACCAGCCACCUUGACACUUGGCCCAACAGGUUUGCCUGUCAUGACGCCUGUUGCCACACCUGUUCAGGCAGGUACCCCAGUCAGCUGUAUCCCAGCGGCGUCAGUCACAGGACCAGGAACAACGAAACCAGGGACUCCUCCUUCAAAGCCUCCUCUUAGCAGAGUGCCGGCUCCAGUAGGUUCUGAACUUCCAGCUGGCACUCCACCCAGUGAGCAGCUGCCACCUUUUCCGGGACCUUCACUAACUCAGUCCCAGCAACCUCUGGAAGACUUGGAUGCUCAGUUGAGAAGAGCUCUGAGUCCAGAGACUGUCCCUACAACAUCAGCUACUACCUGUCCUCUGCCAUCUGUGGCUUCUACAACUGUUACUGGAGCGGCUAGUGCAGUAGAACAGCCUACAAAUACCGAUUCUCAGGAUGCAGAGAGUUGUGCCACUACUACGGCCUCAGGGGUUGCAGUGCUUAAGAUGGGUCGCUUUCAGGUGUCAGUGGCUGUGGAUGAUCAGAAAGAUGGCGGAAGUAAGCCCAAGCACUUUGAUACAAUCACCUCAGAUUCCUUAUCUUUGUCUAGCAGUAGCCCAGAGAGUACUCUGGUGAAGUCAGACCCCAGUGGAACAGCUGAGGCCGUGGCAGCUACCUCAGAUGGUGUGGACGGUGUUUUUCCACAAGCUUCCACCAUGCCACUGCAGCCAACCAAGGUUGGGCGUUUCCAGGUGACCACAACAACUAACCAAGUGGGUCGUUUUUCUGUGUCAAGAACCCAAGAUGAGGUGACCUGUGUGAAGAGGGAUGUCCCUGGAACAGUCCCUUUGUCUGCAGAGUCGGGUCAAGUUUCUUCUCCGCUCACAACUCCCAAAUCUGAGUUUGUGGGAAGAAGAUUUUCCCUGCAGCUGAAUGGACCGUCGUCUGAGCUGGAGGCUGCCUUCCUGAGAGGGGCAGCUAAAGAAAUGUAUGAAGGCUCAGGCAGUCCAGACUCUCUCCAUCCGCAUGGGUCCAAGCUCAGUCUUCCAGCCCAGAGCCUUAGCAACUCAUUUAACUCUUCCUAUAUGAGCAGCGAUAAUGAGUCAGACAUAGAAGAUGAAGACUUGAAGUGUGAGCUGCGUCGAUUGCGUGAGAAGCACCUUAAAGAGAUCCAAGAGCUUCAGAGUCGCCAGAAGCUGGAGAUUGAACUGCUUUAUACAAAAUUAGGGAAGGUGCCUCCAUCCGUCAUCAUCCCUCCGGCUGCUCCUCUGUCAGGAAGACGACGAAGGCCUACCAAAGGAAAAAGCAGCAAAUCCAGCCGCAGCAGUUCCCAGGGUAACAAGAGCCCUCAGAUUUUGGGCAAUCUGUCUGCUCAGAGUGCACCUUCAGUCUUGCCCCCACAACAGACCUUACACCCUCCUGGCAGUGCCCCAGAGACAGGACAGAAUCAUCGGUCACAGCCCCUUAAGCCGUCGCCUUCUAGUGAGAACCUCUACUCUGCCUUUACCAGUGAUGGUGCCAUUUCCAUACCAAGCCUUUCUGCGCCGGGCCAAGGGACCAGCAGUACUAAUACAGUUGGAGGGACAGUGAACAGCCAGGCGCCUCAAUCUCAGCCUCCUGCCUCUAGCCGGAAAGGGACCUUUACAGAUGACCUGCACAAGCUAGUGGACAACUGGGCGCGUGAUGCCAUGAACCUCUCUGGCAAGAAAAGCAGCAAGGGUCACAAUAAUUAUGAGGGCCCGGGAAUGGCGAGGAAAUUCUCUGCACCAAGCCAGCUCUGCAUCUCGAUGACAUCCUCUCUUGGUGCUACACCCAUCUCUGCAGCAUCAGCUACCUCCCUAGGUCACUUCACAAAGGCCAUGUGCCCCCCUCAGCCGUACGGUUACCCAGCAGUGCCCUUUGUAGCUCCCUGGAGCGGGACAGGUGGCCCAGCACAGCAGCCUUUAGGCCAAUUCCAGCCUGUUGGAGCUGCCUCAUUGCAAAGCUUCAACAUCAGCAACUUGCAGAAAUCUAUCAGCAACCCCCCAGGCUCUAAUCUGCGGACCACUUAAUGAGACCCAGACACACUGCUGGGUAGAACUUGGGGGGGGGAGACGGGGGCCCUGAACCAACUACUAGGCUGCAAUGAACUGGCUAUUUAGUGCCCAAAGGGGAACGACUUCCCCCCCCUCUAACCAUUGCUCUUUGCUCUCAGUAAGAAAAGCCCCCCAUUCUGAAGAUGGGGAGAAGGGUGAUCAGGAUCUUCCAUGAUGGGACAUGGCUUCCUCUUGUUCUUGUAUGUGGCAAAGUAUGUAACGAUGGAAGUCACCAAGCGAACCGGUGGCCUCUUGUAAAACUCGUUGGGUUUCAGAGGCUGA